UCCAAGGGAGCCAGUCAAAGGCUUGGGAGUUGUGACGCUGGAGGGGAGGAUUGGCCAGCCCAGGUGUCUGCAAGGGACCUUUCCAAGGAGCCAGACCCCUCCCUCCAGGACUCUACUCCUGACUAACCACUGUUCAUGUGAACGCUGCCUGGUGCACAAAAGGGGUCCAUCUUGGCUUUCUUCUGGUGCAUCCCUUCUCUAUGCUCUCUCCUUCAAGGUGGCCUCCCAGGAAAGUCUGGGCACUGUGGAGGCCCUUCUUAAGCACCUGGAGGUGGCUGACCUUUGGGGCUGAGCUGCCACAAAGCCGCCAUGCCACACACCCCACGCCAGCGCUUGCAGCCCCGUGCGCCAGUGUGGUCUGAGACGGAAACCCGCGAUUUCCUGGCUCUCUGGGGCGAGCUUCUGAUCCUGAGGUGGAUCGAAAAUCGACCGCCCAACAGCGACAUCUACGAGGACCUUUCAGCACAAAUGGUGGCCCGAGGCCACGAGCGCAAUGCCUCGCAGUGUCGGAACAGAGCCCGGGACCUGAAGCGGAGUUAUCGCCGAGCCAAGGACGCCCAGGUGUGCGCCGGCGCCGAGCCUGUUUCCUGCCGCUACUUCCGAGAGCUGGACCAGAUGUUCGGGGGCGAGAUGGACAGCGUCACGAACCGAAGCCUGGCCGGCGUGGAUGGCUCCAUGCGCGUCGUGGUGAAAACCGAAGACACCGAAGAUGUGGAGGCCCAAGGCUCAGAGGAAGAGGGCAACCAAAUGACACCACCCAACACUCUCUCGAGCAUGGACGCAGACACAGACACAGAAACAGAACCGAAUUUGGGGCUCUCGCGAGAGCUGGUGGCCUCAGACCCGGAUGUGAUCGAAACCACAAUAGGAGACGAGUGCUCAGAAGAAAAAGCUGUGCCUUUACGCAGACAACCGAUGGCUGGCCCCAGCGAAGAUGGACAUCAUGUUGUGACUGGUCGAGGUAGGCGGGAGACUCCUCUAGGGCGUCCCCUGACAACAGCAGAGAGAAUGGCAUCCAUGCGGGAGAGGAAGCGGCGGUCUCAUGAAGAAAUGAUGCACGAGAUCAUGACAGACUACAGGAGGACCUGGGAGACCAUGGAGGCUCUUCAUGAAAGAGGCGAAGUCAGCGCUGGGGAGUUUCGUGAGGCAAUGCUGAGGGAAAUGCUUCUAGACCGGGAGGCCCGGACCCGGGAAGCACAGCUUGAUCGUGAAUCCCGGGCUAGGGAGGCUCAGUUGGAUCGAGAGGCAAGGUCCAGGGACAACCAGCUUGAGAGAGAGAUCCGGAUUAAGGAGCUCAACAUGAUCGAGUCAGAGCUCCAGCGCACCAGGGAUAUCCUCCAUCCCAUGGUUGACGCUGUGGUGUCUGUAGCUGAGAUCUUGCGUACAACAGGAAAUAAAUUACGGCAGUCUUGUCAACCUCAGCAAAAUGAAGAGGGUCCCUUUUUGGAAUUGGAAGAUAACAAAUAAUUCUUCCUUUCCCUUGCUUUUUUGAGCAAUAGUUUAGACUGUGUUGGACAAAAUGCAGGGAUAGCAAGGAGGGAGGCAGUGAGAAAAUGGCACUUUCAGGAGUUCAAUCCUUUAAAUGAUGUCAGUUACAUCUGGAAGGAAUUUUCUCCUAUCUUAUAACAAGCUCAGCUGAAUUCACCUGCCUUCUGCUGCCCCAGUUUAUCAAACUCCAUGAGUUAAGAGAAAUAAUGUAAUUCUAGGUGAUUUGGGGGCAGGGGGGAACCCAAAGAGAACAGUAGCUUGUCACUCCAAAUACUCACUUUUCUUAUGGCCAAGUUGAGUGCUAGGAGCUGAACGACUUGGGUAUGUAACAACAAUUCCCAUAGCAUGCUGCCACAAACUAGAGUUUGGAGAAGUUUUUAAACUACAAUCCUCAGAAUACCCUAACCAAUGUCAUCAUUAGACAUGUUGUGUGGGGGAAUUCUGGGAGUUCACAACCUCUGUCAAGAACACAAUUUGGAGUACAAAAUUAAUUUGGAUUGGGAAGUUGGGUGUGUACCUGUGCAUUAUUCUCAGACUUUCUUUUCCCACUUUCUAGUAGCAAGAAUACAUUAUUUUGUCAUGUGGUAGAAUCAGACUAUGAGACUGUUGCCAUCACACUCCUUUUUCACCCUUCUGAGAGAAACAUGGCUACUGUUGUUGGCAUGAUACUGGGCCAGGAAAACCUUUGGCUUGUCCCAGGCUCUCUUCCACACUGUAAAUAGUGGGUAUGGAUUUCUGAAAAUGAAAAACUGAUACAGUUUGAAAGCAUAGUUGGUAUGAAACUGUUUAGGUGUGGAGAAUGGGAAUGGUGCAGUGGGUAAGUGUGAUUUCUUAGGUAUCAAAGAAAAGUUCCUAAAAGCACUUUGUGAUUGAAGUUUCUUCUGAUGCUUAUGUGCUUUUAGAUGCCUUUACAUCCUUCUCUUCCUCAAAAUAGUUUAGGGCAGUGUACACAGUUCCCAUGUUCCUCACUUUAUUGUCACAGCAACAACUCAGGGAGGGAGGUCAGGCUGAGACAGAGUUGACUAACUCAAGGUCACUCUGUGCAUUUCAUGUCUCUCUUGAAACUAGAACAUGGCUCUCCCAAACCUCAGGCUGGUGCUGUUAAUGUUACACUACAAUGGCUGUCCCUGCGAAGCUGCACAACCUGAUAACAAGUACUUAAUUUAAUAUCCUAAGAAUCUCAUGAUUUCAAUAUUUAAGUGCCUAAAUUCAACCAAUUAAACCACAUUGUAAGACUUGUUGAUUGCAUUAGAAGAUGGUGGAAGGACAUUAAUAACUUUCCUACUGAUGUCGUUCAGGUUUUGGAAGUUAUUAGCUGUGGGUUGAUUAUGCCCAAGUUUCUAUCCUUUAAUGUUGUAGAGAUGGUGUUGGCAGUUUGGGAGAUUGUAGAAUCAGGCCUAGUGGAAUCUGUGAAGCUACAGCAGAGACAGGUAGGACUCCCAGGAUUUUGCAAGAGGAGUUUUAGAACCAUGUCGAGGUAAUUGCCUAACAUUGUGACUGUCUCUAUCAGAAACAGUUCUCCAUAGUAAUCAAAUAUUUGUAGGCUUCCUUAAUUUAUAGUGGCAGCAGCAUUCUGUUUCUGCCCGCCCCCCCUUUUUUUUGGGGGGUCAAGAAUUCUCUCUCUUUCUGUCUCUCUCUCUUUGGCUGGGUGUAUUCAGCCUACAAAUGGAAUAGUCAUGAGACUGUAAGAUGCAGAUAGAGGAAUAGUUAAAAAGGAGUAUUUCAGUGCUCUAGACCAUCAGGGGAACAUAUUACAUGACCAAGCAGAAAUAAAAACACAGUGGAAACAGUACACUGAGUAACUAGAUAAAAGAAAUGGAAAAGAUGACAAAUCCAUUCAAGGAAGAAUCAUUUGAAGAUGAACCUACAAUUUUAGAAAGUGAAGUGGAAGCUGCAGCUCAGAGCACUUGGGAGAAGUAACUCACCAGGAACAGAUGGCAUACCGAUACAGCUGCUUUAAGUGACAGAGAAAGAGUGUACUCUGAUUCUAAUUAAAAUAUGUCAACAAAUAUGAAAGACAAAACAAUGGCCUACGGAUUAAAAUACUCAAUAUAUAUGCCAAUUUCCAAGAAAGGGGACACCAGGGAUUGCAGUAGCCACAGGACCAUUGCAUUAAUCUCUCAUGCAAGCAAAAUGAUGCUCACAAUUCUACAACAAGAAGGACUUUUACCAUAUAUGGCAUGAGAAAUGCCACAUCCCCAAACUGGGUCAGGAAAGAAAGAGGCACUAGGGAUCAUAUUACAGACAUAUUUUGGAUAAUGGAGUGCACCAAAGAACAGCAAAAGAAAAUCACUUUGUGCUUUAUAGAUUAUGGCAAAGCCUUUGAUUGCAUAGAUCAUUAAAAGCUAUGGAUCGCUCUUUAAAAAACAAUGUGUGUUCCACAACAUUUUAUUAUCCUGGUGGAUAACCUGUACUCAGUACAAGAGCUACUAUCAGGACAGAAUAUGGAGAAAUGGAACAGUUUCCAAUAGACAAGGAGGAUCAGGCAAUGCUGCAUUUUAUCACCCUAUCUCUUUAACUUGUAUGUUGAAUGUAUCAUAUGUAAAACAGGAUUAGACUCUGAGGAAAAUUGGAGGAAGGA